AUGGCAAACCGCACUUUUGGCAAGUUCUUUGACCUCCCCCUCGAGAUCCGGGACCAAAUCAUAGCAUAUCUCUGCCUGCUCCCGAACCCCAUUCAAAUCGGCCCCACCGAGGCCGCAGAGAUCCCAUUCCCGCACCACCUGCUACUCUCACAUCCGCUCCUCUACUCUGCCGGCUCUACCCUCUUCUACGAGCAGAACCGCUUUGUCCUCAACCUUCAGACUGGGCCGCGCGCCGCCGUCGAGCGCGCCAUCUGCGACACCAGCGUGCCCUGGCUCCUCGGCAACGAAAGGGCCCGCCGCCGCCUCCGGUACCUCGAGCUCUCGCCGGGCCGCCUGGGUAACGUCUUCCUGGCCCAUGUCUCGCCGGCCAUCGCGGACAUGAUCCUCAACGGCGCCCUGCGCCACCUCAAGCUCGUACUGUACCCGACAAGCGCCGACAAGGUGGUCUUCAAUCAGAACGCCGCUGACGCGCAGUCACGGAGGGCCGCUAUUACGCGGCGGGACGACGCGUUUGCGCGCUCGCAGCCGUUCAAGGCGCUCUUGCGGCUGCUGGCUGACCCAGAUCUGGACACGGCUGAGCUCUACGUCGAUCCGAUUCACCGCGACUUCUGGUGUGAGUUUCAUGAGGGUGUUGCUUGUUGCAAGGGACACCGGAAGGGGCCGUGGCAGCUGAUUCCCAUCGACUGGAGGAGGCUGGCUGCUAGUUACGGCCAGGAUCACGAACUCAGCAUCGUUCGGGUGGGAUACUGA